UAUAAACACAAAUCCAAAAUGGAAGCAACAUUGCGAAGAACUAUGAAUACGGUGACAGAUACACUGUUUCCCGUGUCAAAAUCAAUGAAAGAUCCUCUAAAACAUCAAAAUAUUAAAGCAGGAAAUGAUUAUGUAACAAACUUGCCACUCCAAAUGGCCAUCUACUUCAACUCGUUUUUUGCCCCAUUCUGGAUAACAGUAACAAUUGUUGGCUUGGAAGUAAAGUAUGAUGAGCUGAACAUUCUGUACAAGAUUACUCUCAUUGCGGUCUACAUCACGUUCACUAUUAUUGAGGUUGUCCGGCUGUACGUUGGAUACACUGGAAAUCUAAUGGAGAGGGUUCCAGAGCUUGCUGGUUUCUGGCUGCUGACGUUACUCAUCCAGUUUCCUCUUAUUCUUCUGAUGCUUUUUAACGAAGAUGCCAGAAUCCUGCCCUUUGAAAGGGCCGUGAACAUCGUGGAGACCUGCUUUGUUGUGUUUGAGAUUGUGUGUGGAUACAUCGCCAUUAGACAAAUGGUAAACUACCAAGUGACCAAGUUCCAUUUACGCCAGUUCACAGACCUCACUGACAUGACAGACAAUGAGUACUGGUUGGAACAGAGGAAUGAAGUGCAUGAACAUUCAUUCUAAAAAAAUGGUUAUGUUAGAGUAAAUGCCUCAAAAUAAGUGCAGCAAAACAGUUACUUUGGAUCAAUUUAACCCAUUAAUGCCUAGUGGACUCUUCCAUCCUAAAUUGGAUCAAUUUAUUUCCACAAAUUAGGGAUGUCUAGUAUAUUUAUUUCUAUAUUAAGAAUAUUUCAUAUAGAAAUUCCUUUAAGCAAACAGCGCAGACCCUGAUGAGAUGACGCAUCAUUCUGCAUCUCAUCUGGGUCUACACUGUUUGCCAAGGCCUUUUUUCUAGACGCUAGGCAUAAAUGGGUUAAACUUUGCUAUAUCUGAGGGGGUAAUCACGUUACCAACAAGAUGGCCAUGCCCAUGUGAGGGUAUUUACGCUGUUUUAUGCCCUUUAUUGCUUGUAUUAAAUGUUUAAAUGCCGCUCAUUCUUCAGCCAUGUCAGAAAGAAAGUGAUAGGUGUUUAUUUCGUAUUAAUAUUCGCUCUUUAUUUCGACUACUCAAUGCAAAGAUUCUUAGUGGGAGCUGUAAUUUCAUGACCCGCUAAGAAAUUUGGCAUUGAGUAAAGUGGAGAUAUAGAGCAAAUAUUAAUACAACAAUUAAUAAAAGUUAUAAAGGAUAUCAAGCGACGAAAAAUACCUGUCUCGGCAUGGACAUUGUUUGUUACCUGAUUAACCCCCAGUUAUAAUCAGUUUUAAGCCAGUUGGUUGGCUAUUAUGAUUGGUGUCGGACCAUUUUUUCUUGAUUAAUAGCAUACUCUGUAAGGAUAUGAAAAUCUGUUGAUGUUCAAUCAUUAGUUACUAUCGUAUUAAGAUAUUAUAUAUUUAUUUAUCUUUUUAUGCUCCCCCAAAAUUUAUUUUGGGGGGAGCAUAUAGUCGCCACUUCGUCUGUCCGUGUGUGCUUCUGAUUGUUUGUCCGUCAGUGCACAAUUUUUGUCCGGGCUAUUUCUCAGCAACAAAUGACCGGAAUUCAAUGAAACUUUAUGGGAAGCUUCUCUACCAAGAGGAGAUGUGCAUAUUAUCAGCGGGUUCUGGUCGGAUGAUUUUUCACAGAGUUGUGGCCCUUUGAUAUUUUUUAUAUAAAAAUUCGUGUCCCCCAAACUACUGUGCCCUCAAGAUGCUUCCUUUUAUCUGAAUAUAUAGUGCAAUAUUCUGACAAAAAAAACUUUGGAGAGCAUCACCCGUCUCAGACGGUUUCUUGUUUGUAUUUGUACUAGAUUAUGUCAUGCAGAUCAGCUAGUGCAUUCCGUCCAUAUGGCAUAUCUGUAUUGUGUGUGUUAUUUAUUUUAGAUGCUAUUUAAGUGUAUAAAGUUGUAAAAAUUCUAAA